CACUUUUUUCUCAGUAUAUCACUGUGCGUAAAAUGUCGUUCAACUUUGAUCAACUUCCCUAUUAUGAUCAAUAGAUUCAAAACGGAAAAAUUAUAAUAUUUGAAACCAAUCGAACUUGACACUUUGUUACAGUCUCGUUACGAAAGUGUCUCUUCCGCUUUCAUAUUUUGGACAAAAUGGAGUUAAGUGAAAGUUGGAUUUAUUUUUAUCUGUUUGCUUUGAUGACAACUCAUUCGGAAGUAUCAGCAUCAGUUGUUUCGACGCCUGCAUGUGUGUUAAUGCAGAGAGCCACGUGUGGUUUAACAAUUCCUAAUGAUAGCUGUGUACUCAGGAUAGAUGAUUUUGUCAUUACAAUGGCUCUGUAUGGUUCCAGAAGUGAUUGUAGACAUGACCUCCUUCGUAAUUUAAGCUGUCUGGCAGAACUAAGAAAAGUAUCCAAGUAUAUUGGCAUCUCCGGGGACUACUUUCCAGACUUCCCAUGCAUGUCAAAAGGCUGUGGUGUUAAUGAAUCAGAUCGUGGAAACAACUCAAAUAAGUUAACAUCGAGCAUACAUUUAACAGAUGACGAAACUUUUCCCAUGACACCAGUUGGCCUUGCAGUUAUGUUCAUUGGAGGAAUUGUAUCAGGAGUUCUUAUUACAUCCAUAAUCUUUAUUGUUUAUAUCAGAUGGAUGAAAGACCAGACUUCAAAACAAGAAAAUACGUACUUAGAUUUAGACCUGAGUGUUGACAAUGAAGAGAAACAACCAGAGCGUACGCAAAGAGGAUCUGUAGCUUUUGUCAGAGAGAUAGCGUCUGUUUACUAUAGCCAACCAGUAAACGUUGGAGAAGAAUCACCAAAAGAGCGUUCUUCGUCGUCGGUAAGAAGUCGAAUAUUUUCAUGGUCCUCAUCCAAAUCGAGAACAUCUGUUACCGACAGAAAAUCAAGUCUGAAUAAAAUACCACAUAACAGUAAAUCAGCAGCUAAACAAAUGUUCGCCUAUGAACAACCAGUUCCCGAAGAAGGCAACGAUUACGUGGACCUAGAUUCUCCAACUACACCAACGCAAAAGUUUGAUUAUGAAAACGAGAAGACAGAAAACAAAAGUAAUCCAAUUACAUUCAUUGAUGCAGAUGAGGAUCAAACAAAAACCCCAUUGAAUGUGCAAGACAAUCAGACAGAAAAAGACGUUUACAACUAUGCAACAACAGACGAACUGGAUAUCAAAUCUGAAAAUCAUUACAGUGAAAUGAAAUAGAGAAUAACCGACCAAAUUUUACGAUAAUUUUCAGUUACAGACAGUUUUUCAUAGCCAGUUAAAAUGAAAUUUCAGAACUUUCUGAUUUUAUUUUUGAUAUCAGUUAGAAAACAAGUCUGAAAAUCUUUAGUCAAUACAAAAUGUGAAAUUAUAUAUCAUAUAUUUUCUCUCAAUCGAUUUAUGACUUUCGAACAGUGGUGUUGUACUGUUGCCUUUUAUUUAUGUCUACAAGUAUUUGCCUAUAUCCGUCCUUAAGAUCUAGACUUAAAUAAAAAGCUAAGGAAAGAAA